AUGGGUGACUACGUUCCUGGCUUCGAACAACGCGAGAGCGAUAAUCGCAGCUUCGGGCAUUCUCGCCUUCCAACUCUUGGAGCUAUUCCUGUAAAAAAUGAGAAGGGACAAACUGUGAUGCAGAAAGUCAAAGUGUCGAGAUAUGUUGCUGGAAAGGCCCCAGAGUAUGCUCGAAACUAUGAGAGUGACAGUAGCGACUCAGAUCAUGAAAAACAACGAGAAGACGAGGGUCGUAGACGCAGACGUCGUGAUAGCAGUGAUGAAGACGAUAGAAGACACCACAGAAGAAAUGAAGAUCAUGGAAGACGACGUCAAGUAGAGAGACCAGAAAUUCUUGGCCGAGAAGAAGAAGAGUCGUCCGGGAAAGAACAGGACUCGGAUGAGGAUGAGGAUCAGAAAGAGGAACGGAGACAAAGAGUUCGAAUGAGAAUGUUGGAAUUGCAACGGAAUAAUAGAGACAAAGAAUGGGUGGAGGAAGAGGAUGAGGAUUCUGAUGAAGAAGAAUUUGAACGAAAACGACAAAGAAUUAGAGAGCAGGUGCUGAAAAGGGAAGAAAUGAUGAAAAAGGAAAUAAAAGAAGAAGAAGAGGAGGAUGAAGUUGAAGAAGAAGAGGAGGAAGAGGAAAGCAGUGAAGAAGAUGAUUCAGAUGAGGAUAUCGAUCCAGUUCCAAGACUGAAGCCGAUUUUCACUAGAGGAAAAGAUCGUAUAACUUUAUUGAAAGCAGAAAAAGAAAAGGAAGAAGAAAUUCAAAGAAAAAUAGAGGAGGAGAAAAGAGCCGAGGAAAGAAAACGAGAAAGUGCAAGGCUUGUGGAGAAAGUUCUUCAGGAAGAAGAGGAAGCAGAAAAACGGAAAACUGACGAUCGUGUUGAUUUGACGUCAGUUCUCACUGAUGAUGAGACAGAAAAUAUGGCUUAUGAAGCGUGGAAGUUGAGAGAGAUGAAGAGGUUGAAGAGAAACCGAGAUGAACGGGAAGCUGCUGCACGAGAGAAGGCUGAACUUGACAAGAUUCAUGCGAUGACAGAAGAAGAGCGUUUGAAAUACUUGCGAUUGAAUCCAAAGAUCAUCACAAACAAACAGGACAAAGGAAAAUACAAGUUCCUACAAAAAUAUUUCCAUCGUGGAGCUUUCUUCUUGGAUGAGGAAGACGAGGUUCUAAAACGUAAUUUCGCGGAAGCUACCAACGAUGAUCAGUUUGACAAGACGAUUCUACCGAAGGUUAUGCAGGUCAAAAACUUUGGAAAAGCUUCACGAACCAAAUAUACACAUUUGACUGAAGAAGACACCACGGAUCACCAAGGUGUCUGGGCAUCCUCUAAUCAACUGAAUUCCCAAUUUUACUCGAAAAGAGCUGGAGGAUCACGACCAGUUUUCGAACGUCCAGCUACCAAGAAGAGAAAAACAUGA